GCUAGAAUAAUCUACCAGUACCUCACUGUCUGUGGGACAGAGGGGAUAUAAACACAUGCAGAAGGAUCCAAAACCAGAUUCUGGAUCAUUUGCUCUUGUAAACACCAAAAUCUAAAACACCUCCUUUUUGCUUUUACUGGAUUAUCAUCAUCAUUACGACUGCGACGGCAGCUAAAAAUGGCGCUCCUGAGGUCAGGCUGGCUGUGGAGACAAACUUCUGUCCUAAAACGCUGGAAGUUAAACUGGUGUGACCUUUGGAUCGAUGGGAGCCUCUGCUUCUACAAGACUGACAGCAGGCGAGAGGUGGAGCAUCGCGUCAGCCUCAAGACAAGAUGUGUAGAUGUGCGGUCCGGACUGGAAUGUGGAGGUGUGACUCCACCGGAGAGUAAUCCCAGGGAGAAUCUCAUCGUGGUUCAGCUCAAAGACGGCUCCACAGUAAACCUCUGCGCCAACAGUGAGGAUGAAUCAAUAGCAUGGAAACUGACUCUGCUUGAGACCAGGAGAAACCCGGUGUUCACAUAUGACCCAUACGAUGACUCCUACCAGGCUAUCCCUAUUAACAGCUAUCAGACUGUCUACAUCACACCUGGAGCAGGACCAGGCACCCACCAGGUGAUUGUUCAGAGGGACCCUUUUGAUGGAGUGGCAGAGCAAGUAGCACUGGGAUUACUGGCAGGCAUGGCCGCAGGAGCAGCCAUGCGAUCCUUCCUCUGGACGCCCAUCUUUUUCUGCUGAGAUCAUCUCCAUUAUCGACAUGACAACACAACACGAGGCCUGUCUGUCCCUGCAGACAGGCAACCUGACAUCAACAUCUGCAGAAAGGCUUUUUUAUCGUCUUUUAUAUCAUCUGUUCUCAAAUCACAUCUGCUGUAACAAACGUUCAGUUUCUCAUGUGCAGUUUUGCAUAUAAAACCCAUACAGAAGAUGAUGUUGUGUAAUUAUAUGUUCUUUUUGCUUGUAUAUAAAACCAAUUCAACCUACUCCUAACCUUUGCAAAACAGGAAGUCAGCUUUGUAUCUGAAUAUUCUUUAAUUUAGAAAAGUGUAGUUUAUGAGGUGUGCAGCAUUUAGUGGAAAAUAAAUUACUGUAGGGAUGGUGAUCAUAAGUGUUGCAUGUUUGGUUGCAUUUAACAAUAAGCCAUAAACACCCAGUUUGACAAAACAAUCUCAACUCAAAGUCUUUUUAUAAAGGUGGAGUGUGUUAGUUGUCGCAGAGGUGGAUCUAUGCCAUUGCAAUUUCAUCCACAGCACUGUAAGGACUUCUUGUUCAUGUGGGGCUGGAGUUGGGAUUGUUUUAAACCAACACAAAUGUGAAAUAGUAAAAAAUGCUUUGGAUUAAAACAGCUAACGAGUUUGCAUGUCAGCAGAUCUAUCUCCAUGACAACUGAGCAAGGUCCAUAUUCUAAUGAAGACCAUGAAAUGGGGUUGAAAACUCCAGAAAAAGCAUAUAUGGAGUUUUUUGUGAAACUACUAAUUUCAAACUACAGAAAAACACUUUUGGAGUCAAUUACAUUUUUGUAUUUAUUUCUUAUAUUUUUGUUUGUAACCAAAAGCCCAAAAAACUUUUCUACAGUAAAGGGAGAAAGCAGUUUUAUUCUCCUAUUAAUGAUAAUGCAAUCACCUCAACAGACAGAGCGAAGACAUGAACUGUGACUAAUAUGUAAUUAAAAAAAAAAAUAAAAAAAAUGUAAAUGUAAUCAAACAUCCAUGUUCAUCCAGUGUGUGGUUAAAACUGAAAAUACAGUAAACUAACUACAGUUAACAGAAGCAUGUCGCUCAUAAUAUACUGAUAAGAGUGCAAAAAAUAUGUUCAAAAUCA